UCCAUUCUACACAAACAAAUUGAAAUCUAAUAUAUCCUUCUGAAAUCUCCUUCUGGUGCGUAUUGUUUACGAUGUUUGACUGAAGAAAUAUGACAUUAAUGAAAAAUGCAUAAAAGAAAAAGAUUAUAUGAAGUUAUGAUUAUUUAUUCGAAAAUAUGAAGCUUGAGCUUUGAUAUAAAGUAUACAUUAUCUUCAGUUUAACUUCGUACAUAACUUGUAUUCAAUUUAAUUAAUUAAUUUUGUUUGGUUGAGAUAUAUUUCAUCUGGUGUAAGCUGCACCUUUUCCGGUAUGGAUUACACUCCCCAUCCGCAAUAAUUACAUAAAACGCAUAUACAGACAUUAAAGAUUGAAUGAAUACAUUCGUUUUCACGUUAUCAGUGAAAUGUAUGCAAACCCAUCAAGUUUGUCAUGCUUUUGUCUACAUAUACGGCAUGUGUCUCGAAAGCUUUUUUUUUACCGCUGGAAUAACGAUCACAAAUGCUUAUGCCAAUAUCUGACAUUCAUGCUCUUUUAUUAAUCUUCUUCGUUAAUUUUCUCUUUAUUUCUGUCAAACACGCUGUAAAGAUGUUGAAAAAUCACAUGUGUUUAUAUUAAAUUCGAAGUGUGAAUUCCAUCUGGACCUCAGGUGGAAAUCACAUUUGAGAUUAUUUUUUAACGGGAAUCUUACUAAUUAAUGAUAAGAAUUAUUAAUUAAUAUAAAUUCAAACUUUGUUUUUUUUCCAUUGUAACGCAAAUCGCGAUGAAUCAUAUUCGGGUUAAAACGAACAAACAGCGAGUUUGUGUGCGAUAAUACAUCUCUAAAAAAGCAUAAAAAUAAAGAGACGCAUAGCCAGAAGAUGUAGAGCUUCUUCGGCUGUAGCUACCACUACUUAACAGUAUUUAGCUCAGCGUAAGCAACGAAGAAGACUCGCAAAGGAGAGUAUCUGAGUGGUCGUGAACGUUCUCUCCGUUUCUCCGAAACGAGCAAACCGAUCGAUCGUUCGCCAGUUCCCAAAUUCAAGACGUACAUUUGGACAUAAUGGUUGCAGAUUGCGAAAUAGCCAGCAAUUACAGCAGCGUGAGCAGCGAACGUGCGCGAAUGUACUGCGGCGGAAUGUAUCAGCGGUUCUCCGAGCGUCCUUACGAUAGCCUUCGUUUGGAGAAUGUUAGAGUCUCAAUGACCGCUGAACGAAAGAAACCUGUUCUAAUUACACGUUCGAGAACGCUUGUUAAUGGACGAAGCCAAGUUGAAUCAAACGCAAAGAUCUCUCGGGAGAUGAAGGCUUUCGGAAAAUCGCGUUAUGAAGCGAGACGAAAAUUUUUCGAAGAUCUGGAAUGUCAAAAGAAUUCAGCGACGGACUUGGUCAUGUUGUCAGAAACAAAAGCAACGUGCAUAAAUGAUAGGAAAAACAAGUCAAUGUUUGAACAAAUUUCCACGAUAUAUCCGAACAAAGAGAAACUGCGCGUGAAACUGUAUGAUACAUCUCUCAUAAAAGCGAAUAGGAAAGAACAUGUUGAAAAUCUGGACAGCGAUACGCAGUCGAGCAACAAUAUCGCGGUGCAUUCCGUGGCAUGGACGAAUAUCGCGCAGCCGAGUUUCGUUGAACGUGUUAACAUGAAAAAGGCGAAUUCGCGUAAUAUUGUGUCCUAUAUAAAUGGUACUAUUCAAACAGAAGAGGAAAAAGGACAUUAUGAAAGAGCUGAAUGUCCAACGGUCGAGAUGAUUACUUCUAUAAAAACAUCUUCAACGACUUGUGAAGAUAAAUCGGAUUCUACGGUCGGUAUGGAUAACGAACAACAACGGGAUACAACGAAUACGGAAAUGACACUUGCCCGCAAUUGCGCUAAAACAUUUCAAUAUGAUAACAAUGAUAACGAGGAAAACUUACAGUUGAGCGAUUUAUCUUCCAAUAACUAUGAUGGGCGUUCCAGCGAUCAUUAUGAAUACGAUGAUGAUAAAGAGGCGUUGGCAGAUAAGGAAAUGAACAACGAGUUAAAAUCGUCGGUGGAGCUGAAGAAAGAAAACGUUCGAUCUUGGAUCGAAACCAUAUGCGAUAGCAACUGGUCGAACAUCUCGGAAACCGAUAAAGCAUAUGAAUCAUAUUGCAAUGAUAUUACAAAGAUUGUCGAGAGUAUCGACGUGAACAUUGCCUCGUCGAAGACGGAAUUGGACGCGUUACCCGAUACUGACGCUUGCGUCAAGUACAAUCUGGACUCUGCGAAUAUGAGUCUCAUUUACAGCUUGACUCCACCGGCGGCCGUUGAUCAGGAUGAGAGUGGCAAUGAUGAUACUUCGCAGGACAUAGCGGAACGCUCGUCAGAAUGGCAAUCCGAUUUAACAAGAAGCGACAACGAUGAACCAUUGAGCGAUUACAUAUGGAUAGAGCCGGAGGCGACUAAAACGGAGUGCGUCAAGUCCACGCGAGAUCACAGGUCGUCGAGCGGUAGUAGCUGUGGAGAAUUAGAUCAGCCCGUAUCCGAGAGGGAUUCGGGAAGUGGUUCCGACAUACUCGAGUUACCGAGCUACACGUUUCGCGAACUUAAGGAUAUCGACGGCGAGAUCUUCCUCAACGGAAUCAAUGAAUCUGCCAACGAGAUCAUCGCUGAUCUCAACGCGUCUGUCGAAGCGCCGUCGUCUUAUGAGGCUGUGGAAGUUGCACAGCAAAUUAUUACCGAGAUUAUCGAGUCUAUUUACAUUCUGCUGCAUUUAGAUUCCUCUAUUUAUGACCUCAGCGUCUUGAGAGAAAUUGUAUGUAACUUGAUCAACAAUUACCAUCGCGAGUGCUUACUUAUAGAAUCUGGCGAUCAAGCGUACAUUUCGAAUGUUGACGCGACGAGCGACAACAAUAUUGACAACAUUUGUCGUAUUAAAGGUUUUCUGGGAAAUUUGUCGUCGAACUGUGACGAUUACAAUAAACGAGAUUACGAAAUAGAAUUACAUAAGACAGAGAAUCACGAAUCCCCAGCCGUGAUUGAAUUCUGCACUGUGGCGAAGAAGUUGCCGAUCGUUGCUGUCGACAAUAACGCCUUGGAAUUAAACUUUCGUAUUAUCAAAGUCUCGACAAAUGAGUACACGGAUGUACCACCAGGUGCUCGUCUUCGCCUGUUCGGCGAAAACUCGAUCGUCGUUGAUCGCGGUCUCAAGAUUGAUAAAUCUAGGGAUAGUGAAAGUGCAGCUGUGAUAAAAUCAGAGAUAAAAACCUGGCCGUGCGAACGAUGCUUCUACUGCGAGGAGGAGGAAUCGAUAAGAGAGAAACUGAAUUUGACGCCUAUAAGCGAAGAGCCAGACGAUGUUUCGCACGAGGCCAUCGACACCGCUUUAAAAGACCUUGAUGACGAAUCGUUGUGUCACUUGAAAACUGGCGAUGUUAUCGAAGAGAAUACGGCAGCGAAUCCUAUGAAGAAACACAUUUCUCUCGACGAUACCUAUACAAUUUCCGAAGUCAGCUCCGUCAUUAUUUCGGAUAACGACGACGUUGACAACGAUUUUGAGGGAGAAUGCGUUUUGGAGGACAUUGGAGAUUCCUCCAUAGAUUGCAUGUCAUGUUCUUACGAGACUAAAGAGUUUAUGUACCUGGAAAAAGCUCUUGCUGCUGAAACAACUCGCGACUGAGCGCGUAGCGCUUUGUCUUUACAAAAUAUGUUUAUAUUUUGUCUUAAUUCCCACGAUUGUUUAAUUGAAUUACUAAAAAAUAUCGUUUUCCUUGAAAAGAGGAAAAGUAUUUUAACGAUCAAUUCGUUGAUAUGCAACUGCAUCACAACAGCGUGCGGACUGGUUGUUCUAUUUAAUUUUUUUUAAGGAUCUCUCUUAAUAUUGUUCACGUGCGAAGAACAUUGCAUCUAAUAAUUUGUACGCUCAAUCUUGCAUGCCAUUUUCUACGCGUAUUUUUAGUCUGUUUAAUGCCGAUUUUCUGUACAUCUGGCAAAGAAAAACUUUGUGUAAGUACGCGUGCGUAAAUGUUAAAUGCUAAGAAAUGUUAUUUUAUGUUUGUUAAGUUUUGAUGAUUUUACCUUUUCUCAUAACUUUUACAAUUUUACUGUCUCUUUAUGCACGAACAAAGCGCAACUCUUGUGCGAUUGACUUUAAGCACAUCUGAUCGAAAAAAAAUUGACUAUUUCUUACAUAUGCGAAUCAACAUUGACAUUUAUAAUAUACGAAUAUUAAUAUCGUCUAUUUUCUAGUAUUUUCAGUUUUGACUCUUCUUUUUUCUUUUUUGUUAAGUUGUGACUUAAGAAUGAAAUAUUUUGUUAUAUAAUCCAAUAUGUUAAUUUUAAUAUUUUGCUUUCUGAUAUGUAAUAAUAAGUUUAAUCAAUUGUUAUAUUAUGAUUUACACUUACUACUUUUUUCUAAAAAUAUUGUAACUAAGUUAACUUAAAUUGCGAAAUGCUUAUAUAUUUCAUUUACAUAUUUUCAAGUAUUUGCAACAGCUUCACAGUUUAAUGAUAUAAAAGUUUGCACAUAA